AUGAACGACCAGUACCACCGGGCGGCCCGGGACGGCUACCUGGAGCUCCUCAAGGAGGCCACCCGGAAGGAGCUGAAUGCCCCCGACGAGGACGGCAUGACCCCCACCCUCUGGGCUGCCUACCACGGCAACCUGGAGUCGCUGCGUCUCAUCGUGAGCCGCGGGGGGGACCCAGACAAGUGUGACAUCUGGGGCAACACGCCCCUGCACCUGGCAGCUUCCAACGGGCACCUGCACUGCCUGUCCUUCCUGGUGUCUUUCGGGGCCAACAUCUGGUGCCUGGACAACGACUACCACACGCCGCUGGACAUGGCCGCCAUGAAGGGCCACAUGGAGUGCGUGCGCUACCUGGACUCCAUCGCGGCCAAGCAGAGCAGCCUCAGCCCCAAGCUGGUGGGCAAGCUGAAGGACAAGGCCUUCCGCGAGGCCGAGCGACGCGUCCGCGAGUGCGCCAAGCUGCAGCGCAAACACCACGAGCGCAUGGAGCGGCGCUACCGGCGCGAGCUGGCCGAGCGCUCGGACGCACUCAGCUUCUCCAGCCUCACGUCCAGCACCCUGAGCCGCCGGCUGCAGCACCUGGCGCUGGGCAGCCCCCUGCCCUACUCGCAGGCCACGCUGCACGGCACGGCCAGAGGCAAGACCAAGAUCCAGAAGAAGCUGGAGCGGCGCAAGAAGGGCGGCGAGGGCACCUUCAAGGUCUCCGAGGACGGCCGCAAGAGCGUGCGCUCGCUGUCCGGCCUGCAGCUGGGCAGCGACGUGAUGUUCGUGCGCCCGGGCACCUACGCCAACCCCAAGGAGUGGGGCCGCGCCCCGCUCCGGGACAUGUUCCUCUCCGACGAGGACAGCGUCUCCCGUGCCACGCUGGCGCCCGAGCCUGCCCACUCGGAGGUCAGCACCGACUCCGGCCACGACUCCCUCUUCACCCGCCCCGGUCUGGGCACCAUGGUCUUCCGCAGGAACUACCUGAGCAGCGGGCUGCACGGGCUGGGCCGCGAGGACUCGGGGCUGGACGGGGCCGGCACCCUGCGGGGCCGGCUGCAGAGCUCCCCGAGCCUGGACGAGGACAGCCUGGGCAGUGCCAACAGCCUACAGGACCGCAGCUGCGGGGAGGAGCUGCCCUGGGACGAGCUGGACUUGGGGCUGGACGAGGACCUGGAGCCCGAGACGAGCCCGCUGGACACCUUCCUGGCCGCGCUGCACCUGCAGGACUUUGCUGCCCUCUUGCGGCAGGAGAAGAUCGACUUGGAGGCGCUGAUGCUGUGCUCCGACCUGGACCUCCGCAGCAUCAGCGUGCCCCUGGGGCCCCGCAAGAAGAUCCUGGGGGCCGUGCGGAGGCGGAGGCAGGCGCUGGAGCGCCCGCCCGCCCUGGAGGACACGGAGCUGUGA